AUGGGCAAAAAGAUCGGACUCAUCGACUUUGUGUCAGUGUUCAGCCUAACACUCAUGAGAGUUGUAUGCAUCCUCUUUGACUGUAACACUUGGUUCAGCUUCUGAAUAGUCUACUCAAAAACAUACAAACAAAGACAGUUCCAUAUGGCUAUCGGAUGGAGCUGAUUUGUCCUCCUCCUUGGAGAAGCAAUUACAAGGCACCUGAAUCAAGAAGUAAUGACUGAUAUUGCUCUAACAGUAACAGCUGUUGCGAUAGUAAGACUUCUGAACAACCUGAUAAACGCAAAGUUUCCAGUACUGUUCAAAAUGACACUCUCAACGAUAGUCUACUUGUCAGUAGCCAUUAUCGUCAUUUUCAUCUUCCUGAAGAGCAUUAUAACCAAACAAGGGGAAUUAGUCCCAGUUGACUUAUCCAGAAUUUCUAAAGGAGAAAUUACUUCAGUGAGAAAUAUUUUCAGUUCCAGAUUCCUACUGCUCCUCGGGAUUGAGAUUUUCUACUCUGUCAUCUUUGUACUAGUUGAUGGCAUCCUUGAUAAAGCUAUUAAGAUUAAUAGAGGUGAAGAAAGUGUCAACGGCCUCGUAAAUGAUUUCAAGCUCAAGGUGGAAGAAGACAGACAGAAAAGAACAGGCAAGUUCAAAUCUUACCUUCCUUCUCAGAGAAUCGAAGAGGACGAUGGUAUCAGGAAAAGGCACAGAACGCAAUAAAUAUUAGCUGGAUGUCAAUAUUUGAGAUA